AACAGAAAAAGCGGUGACGAAUGUUCUUGAAUUAUUCGAUCGCUUAUUUUCCUACGCAGUUUUGAUUUGGUCUGGUGUUUGUGUAAUUUUAUUUAUUCAAAAUUGUGAUCAAGUGGUACUUAAAAUGUCUCUAAACACGGCUCACGCCGAUCAUGGCGUUCUGAUACAUGCAGGAGAAGCUAUCAUCCUGUUCUCUGACAAUGUCAUGGUCGACUUUUACGGCAAUGACACCCCCGAGUUCAAGGGCAGCAAGAACGGGCGCAUGUACCUCACCACACACCGCAUGAUCUACAACUCCAAGAAUGUUGCCGACACCCUGAGGUCAUUCAGCUUUCCCUUCAUUGCUCUGCAAGAUGUCAAUGUGGAGCAGCCAAUGUUCUCCGCAAACUUCAUCAAGGGCAAAGUACGAGCCCAGCCCAAUGGCAACUUCAUUGGAGAGGUGAAGUUCAAACUGGUGUUCAAGUCUGGAGGUGCUAUAGAGUUUGGGCAGGCCAUGCUGAAAGCCGCACAUCUUGCAUCCCGACACGGCACGCCGGGCGCCGCGCCGCCGCCGUACACGCCGCCGACGGGCCCGUGGUACGCCGCGCCCCCGGCCUAUGCGCCGCCGCCGGGGUACUACGGAUGGGUGCCGCCCUACACCGCGUUCCCCGACCAGCCGCCACCGAACUCGGUGUUCGUGUCCAACAGCCCGCCGCCGUACCCCGGCGUGGCGGGCGCGGGCUACCCGGCGGGCGGGCUGUCGGGCUGUCCCGGCGGCGCCGCCGCCUGCGCGCCCGGCUACCCGCAGGCCAACGGCAUGUCGCCCAAUGAUGCCAAAGCAGCCGAGGCGGCUAGGAGCGCAUACUAUGACCCAAACAGGCCCCAGACCGCCUACGUGCCGCCGCCAUAUGAUCAGCCCCCGAGCUAUCAAGAAUCUACGUCGAAGAAAGAAAACUAAGGCACUGUCCGCACUUCCACCUGGGCCAGGCGCCGCUGCCGGUGGGCGCCGCGCCGCUGCCGGAGCCCUGUUGCAGCUCUGAGACCAUACGUUAAACACCCGCUAGUGGACUCAGUUUCGAAAUACCACAUUAUUUAAACAUUACUUUUUAAAAUUGAUCAAGCUCUUUAUUUACAUGAACAUAUUUACAUAAUUAUAUAAGAAACUAAGCUUAAAAGCUAGCU